GCAGGACGUGAAGGCCGGGCUUCUAACGCGAGCUCCCCCGCAGGAGGAGACCAUGACAGCCCCCAACGGGGAGAGGGGGUGGAGGGUUAUGACUUGUGAGAAGGGUAGAGCCUGCCCACCCUGCUUCCUGAUGCUCUGCCAGGUGUUUCCUGGCUGGUGUUCCCUCAACCCCACCCCACCCUCGGGUGGAAAUUCUGCUUUCCAGUAAACACAGGCACCAUUCAUUGCCGCGAGGAGGGCACCUGGGGGCAUCCGUUGCCCUGGGAUGGGUCCGGUGAGAGCUGUGCCCCUCCGGUCAGUGCCUGGCAUCCCCUCUCUGCCCCGCAGGGCCUCCCAUGGGACUGCUGGGACCUUGCUGGGUGAGAUGGCACUGUGUGCAAAAAAGCGCCCCCCAGAAGAAGAAAGGAGGGCACGGGCCAAUGACCGCGAAUACAAUGAGAAAUUCCAGUACGCGAGUAACUGCAUCAAGACCUCCAAGUACAAUAUUCUCACCUUCCUGCCUGUCAACCUCUUUGAGCAGUUCCAGGAAGUUGCCAAUACCUACUUCCUGUUCCUUCUUAUUCUGCAGUUGAUCCCACAGAUCUCGUCCCUGUCCUGGUUCACCACCAUUGUGCCUUUGGUUCUUGUCCUCACCAUCACCGCUGUUAAAGAUGCCACUGAUGACUAUUUCCGCCACAAGAGUGAUAACCAGGUGAACAACCGUCAGUCUCAGGUGCUGAUCAAUGGAAUCCUCCAGCAGGAGCCGUGGAUGAAUGUCUGUGUUGGUGACAUCAUCAAGCUAGAAAACAACCAGUUUGUGGCGGCGGACCUCCUCCUCCUCUCCAGCAGUGAGCCUCAUGGGUUGUGCUACAUAGAGACAGCAGAACUCGAUGGAGAGACCAACAUGAAAGUGCGCCAGGCGAUCCCAGUCACCUGGGAGCUGGGAGACAUCAGUAAGCUGGCCAAGUUUGAUGGUGAGGUGAUCUGCGAACCUCCCAACAACAAGCUGGACAAAUUCAGUGGAACGCUCUACUGGAAGGAGAACAAGUUCCCCCUGAGCAACCAGAACAUGCUGCUGCGGGGCUGCGUGCUGCGGAACACAGAGUGGUGCUUCGGGCUGGUCAUCUUCGCAGGUCCGGAUACUAAGCUGAUGCAGAACAGCGGCAGGACGAAAUUCAAGAGAACAAGCAUCGAUCGCCUAAUGAAUACUCUGGUGCUUUGGAUUUUUGGAUUCCUGGUCUGCAUGGGGGUGAUCCUGGCCAUUGGCAAUGCCAUUUGGGAGCACGAGGUCGGGAUGCGCUUCCAGGUCUACCUGCCCUGGGACGAGGCGGUAGACAGUGCCUUUUUCUCUGGCUUCCUCUCCUUCUGGUCCUACAUCAUCAUCCUCAACACCGUCGUGCCCAUAUCGCUCUAUGUCAGUGUGGAGGUCAUUCGCCUGGGCCACAGCUACUUCAUCAACUGGGACAAGAAGAUGUUCUGCACGAGGAAGCGGACGCCCGCGGAGGCCCGCACCACCACCCUGAGCGAGGAGCUGGGCCAGGUGGAGUACAUCUUCUCCGACAAGACGGGCACCCUCACCCAGAACAUCAUGGUCUUCAGCAAGUGCUCCGUCAACGGCCGCAGCUACGGUGAUGUGUUCGAUGUCCUGGGACACAAAGCUGAAGUGGGAGAGAGGCCUGAACCCGUCGACUUCUCCUUCAAUCCUCUGGCCGACCAGAAGUUCUUAUUUUGGGACCCCACCCUCUUGGAGGCUGUUAAGAUGGGGGACCCCCACGUGCACGAGUUCUUCCGCCUCCUCUCCCUGUGUCAUACUGUCAUGUCAGAGGAAAAGAACGAAGGGGAGCUGUACUACAAAGCCCAGUCCCCGGACGAGGGGGCCCUGGUCACUGCAGCCAGGAACUUCGGUUUCGUGUUCCGCUCUCGCACCCCCAAGACCAUCACUGUCCAUGAGCUGGGCACAGCCGUCACCUACCAGCUGCUGGCCAUCCUGGACUUCAACAACAUCCGGAAGCGGAUGUCGGUCAUAGUGCGAAACCCAGAGGGGAAGAUCCGACUGUACUGCAAAGGGGCUGACACGAUCCUGCUGGACAGGCUCCACCCCUCCACCCAGGAGCUGCUCAACAGCACCACCGACCACCUGAAUGAAUAUGCAGGGGAAGGGCUGAGGACCCUGGUGCUGGCCUACAAGGACCUGGACGAAGAGCACUACGAGGAGUGGGCGGACAGGCGGCUCCAGGCCAGCCUGGCCCAGGACAGCCGGGAGGACAGGCUGGCCAGCGUGUACGAGGAGAUUGAGAGCGACAUGAUGCUGCUGGGCGCAACGGCCAUUGAGGACAAGCUUCAGCAAGGGGUUCCGGAGACCAUAGCCCUCCUGACACUGGCCAACAUCAAGAUCUGGGUGCUCACCGGGGACAAACAGGAGACGGCUGUGAACAUUGGCUAUUCCUGCAAGAUGCUGACGGACGACAUGUCCGAGGUGUUCGUGGUCACUGGCCACACCGUCCUGGAGGUGCGGGAGGAGCUCAGGAAGGCGCGGGAGAAGAUGGUGGACCCGUCCCGCACCGUCGGCAACGGCUUCACCUACCACGGGAACCCUUCCUCCCCCAAGCUCACCUCUGUCCUGGAGGCCGUGGCCGGGGAGUACGCCUUGGUCAUCAAUGGACACAGUCUGGCCCAUGCGUUGGAGGCCGACAUGGAGCUGGAGUUUUUGGAGACGGCCUGUGCCUGCAAAGCUGUCAUCUGCUGCCGGGUGACGCCCUUGCAGAAGGCGCAGGUGGUGGAACUGGUGAAGAAGUACAAGAAGGCCGUGACGCUUGCCAUUGGGGAUGGAGCCAAUGAUGUCAGCAUGAUCAAAACGGCUCACAUUGGUGUGGGCAUCAGCGGGCAAGAAGGGAUCCAGGCUGUCCUGGCCUCAGAUUACGCCUUCUCCCAGUUCAAGUUUCUGCAGCGCCUCCUGCUGGUGCACGGGCGCUGGUCCUACCUGCGCAUGUGCAAGUUCCUCUGCUAUUUCUUCUACAAGAACUUUGCUUUCACCAUGGUCCACUUCUGGUUUGGCUUCUUCUGCGGCUUCUCAGCCCAGACCGUCUAUGACCAGUAUUUCAUCACCCUUUACAACAUUGUGUAUACCUCCCUCCCAGUCCUGGCCAUGGGGGUCUUCGAUCAGGACGUCCCCGAGCAGCGGAGCAUGGAGUACCCUAAGCUGUACGAGCCGGGCCAGUUAAACCUCCUCUUCAACAAGCGGGAAUUCUUCAUCUGCAUCGCCCAGGGCAUCUACACCUCCGUCCUCAUGUUCUUCGUCCCCUACGGGGUGUUGGCUGAGGCCGCCCGGGCCGACGGCACCCAGCUGGCCGACUACCAGUCCUUUGCAGUCACCGUGGCCACGUCACUGGUCAUUGUGGUCAGCGUGCAGAUUGGGCUGGAUACGGGCUACUGGACGGCCAUCAACCACUUCUUCAUCUGGGGCAGCGUGGCUGUUUACUUUGCCAUUCUCUUUGCCAUGCACAGCAACGGGCUCUUCGACAUGUUUCCCAACCAGUUCCGGUUUGUGGGUAACGCGCAGAACACCCUGGCCCAGCCCACGGUGUGGCUGACCAUCGCGCUCACCACGGUCGUCUGCAUCCUGCCUGUGGUCGCUUUCCGAUUCCUCAAGCUGAACCUGAAGCCCGACCUCUCCGACACGGUCCGCUACACCCAGCUGGUGAGGAAGAAGCAGAAGGCCCAGCACCGCUGCAUGCGGCGGGUGGGCCGCACGGGGUCCCGGCGCUCCGGCUACGCCUUCUCCCACCAGGAGGGCUUCGGGGAGCUCAUCAUGUCGGGCAAGAACAUGCGGCUCAGCUCCCUGGCGCUCUCCAGCUUUACCACCCGCUCCAGCUCCAGCUGGAUCGAGAGCCUGCGCAGGAAGAAGAGUGACAGCGCCAGCAGUCCCAGUGGGGGCGCCGACAAGCCCCUCAAGGGGUGAGGGCUGGGACCUCUCUGCCCCGUGCCAGUGAUCAGAGUUCACAGGGCGGGCCGGCCACCGAGAGGACCGUGUCGUAGCUGCAGGUCCUCCUGCCUUGCCUCUCCCAGGCAUCUCCCCUGGUGGACUCUGUCCUGCUGGCCCCACCAGAAGCGUCUGGGACAUUCCAGCCAGGGGCCCUCCCGCCAGCUGGGAGGGUGGAGGGGCAGGCCUCGAGCAGAGUCGGGGCUUGGCAUCUGGAACCAGCCCUGGGGGGACCAGAUGUGGAACCAAAAACA